ACUACAGCCGCGAUGUCUGGAAGAGGAAAAGGUGGAAAGGGUUUGGGCAAGGGUGGUGCUAAGCGCCACCGCAAAGUCCUGAGAGAUAACAUUCAGGGCAUCACCAAGCCUGCCAUCCGACGUCUUGCUCGGCGCGGGGGUGUCAAGCGGAUCUCAGGCCUCAUUUACGAGGAAACUCGGGGUGUGCUGAAGGUGUUCCUGGAGAACGUGAUCCGGGACGCGGUCACCUACACCGAGCACGCCAAGCGCAAGACCGUGACGGCCAUGGACGUGGUCUACGCGCUCAAGCGCCAGGGCCGCACCCUCUACGGCUUCGGAGGCUAAGGCGCCGCCCCGGUUUUGUCCCAUUCCCAAAGGCCCUUUUUAGGGCCACCAUGUGGUCAUCGGGAGAGCUGUGCACGGCGCCUUCCCAUGGAUAUUUUCCCAGGGAAAAAGGAGUUCAGAGGAGAGAGUAAAUUUCCAACAGCAGGAAGAACUGAGGCCAGACAAUAGGAGGAACUUUCUGCCAGUUGAAGGAUUGCCCCAGGCCCAUACUGACAGGCAAAAUCCCAGGUAUGUGUGAACUCCUUUGAAGUGCAGGCAGAGCAAUCCACCUGAGCCCAGCUGUAAA